CGCUCUUCUGCUGCAGCGCCGCCUCUCGUCCUCCCGGCGUCAUCGUCGCCGCCCUGAUCUCCGCAGGCCGGCGUGUGGCGGAGAUCCAUCCGUGCUUGAACUGACUCCUUCCUUAGCUACAAGUACCUAUUAUCAACCAUGUUUGGACGCAUGCCAAGGAAGAGUAGUAACAAUACCAAGUAUUACGAGGUUCUUGGUGUGUCUAAGACCGCAAGUCAGGAUGAGCUUAAGAAAGCAUACAGAAAAGCUGCCAUAAAAAACCAUCCUGAUAAGGGUGGAGACCCUGAGAAGUUUAAAGAGCUGUCUCAAGCUUAUGAUGUUCUUAGUGACCCGGAGAAGAGGGAGAUCUAUGACCAGUAUGGAGAAGAUGCCCUUAAGGAAGGAAUGGGAGGAGGCAGCAGCAGUGAUUUCCAUAGCCCUUUCGACAUUUUUGAGCAACUUUUUCCGGGUUCUAGCACCUUUGGGGGUGGUAGCUCAAGAGGACGCAGACAAAAGCGUGGUGAAGAUGUGGUGCAUACUAUGAAGGUUUCCUUAGACGAUCUGUACAAUGGGACAACCAAGAAACUAUCUUUAUCGCGGAGUGCUUUGUGCUCCAAGUGCAAGGGGAAAGGAUCCAAGAGUGGGGCAUCAGGAACAUGCCAUGGUUGUCGUGGUGCUGGAAUGAGAACAAUCACAAGACAGAUAGGCCUUGGCAUGAUCCAACAGAUGAACACUGUUUGCCCUGAAUGCAAAGGAUCAGGUGAGAUCAUAAGUGACAAGGACAAAUGCCCAAGCUGUAAAGGAAACAAGGUAGUCCAGGAGAAGAAGGUGUUAGAGGUUCAUGUGGAGAAAGGAAUGCAACAUAACCAAAAGAUUGUAUUCCAGGGUCAAGCUGAUGAAGCUCCUGAUACGGUUACAGGAGACAUUGUUUUUGUCUUGCAACUUAAAGACCAUCCAAAAUUUAAGAGGAUGUACGAUGACUUAUAUGUUGAGCACACAAUCUCUCUCACCGAAGCAUUGUGUGGCUUCCAGUUUGUUCUUACUCAUCUUGAUGGGCGACAGCUUCUGAUCAAAUCUGACCCCGGGGAGGUUAUUAAACCAGGUCAACACAAGGCCAUUAACGAUGAAGGUAUGCCUCAGCAUGGCCGUCCUUUCAUGAAGGGCCGUCUGUUUGUUGAAUUCAACGUGGUGUUUCCCGAGCCUGGUGCGCUCUCCCCUGCCCAGUGCCGAUCGUUGGAGAAGAUCCUUCCGCCGAAACCAGGGAGCCAACUGUCGGACAUGGAGCUGGACCAGUGCGAGGAGACCACCCUUCACGAUGUCAACAUUGAAGAGGAGAUGAGGCGCAGGCAGCAGCAGAAGAAGCAGGAAGCCUACGAUGAAGACGAGGAGGAGGAUGCUCAACCAAGGGUGCAAUGUGCCCAGCAGUAAAAUCCGUGUUCGUUGGAACUGUUCUCCAAAAGUUUCAGCAGGAUUUUUUAUCCAUCUGAUCAUCUCGAUUCUUUUUGGCAAAAAUAUAAUCGUUUUAUAAACUUUAAACUGUUAGUUCCAUCCUAGUGUCAGGGAAAAAAUGAGAGCCCGGAAUGGCAUGUUCCUUGUUUGAACUGCAAUGCGUGAUUGGUGUUAGUUAAGCUCUGCUCCAUGUUAUUUUGUUGUACCCGUGAAAAAGGUAUCAUGUUCAUGGUGUGCUACUAUUUUUGAUGUGUAAGAAACAUUGAGCUUGCUGGUAGUGAUGAUUUGUGAUGCACCCUGGGGUGCUGGCUC